CGUCGCCGCCAUCUUUGUUGAUGUGUCAGCUCCGCGGGGGUUUGGGGACGCGGAGACGGAGGGAGCGCGGUGUCGGCCCUGCCCCUGGUCGCUGUUCCCCGCGCCCCGUUGCCCACCUCCUGGUCUACCGGAGCCCACAAUGGAGAGAUUAGGCGUUCAGCCGGAGCUUCAGCGGCCUCGUUAGGGGCGCGGCCCGGGGCUCGGAGAAGUGGGAUGUCAAACGAAGAUCAGGAACAAAUUUGAAGAAGUGCAGAGUGAGGUGGUGUCAAUCAGCAUGUCAGAGACAGAGCACAUAGCCUCCAUUUCCUCUGAUAAAAAUAUUGGGAAAACAUAUGAAUUAAAGGAAGACUCCAGCAACUCAUUUUCUGGUGAUGAAAGCAGCUUAGAAAAUGAAUCUAAACUGUCAUCAUUAAACUUUGAUAAAACUUCAUAUCAGCCUAAUGAACAUAAUGAAAUCGAAGCACAGGAAAAUUAUAUUCAGGAUCAUAGUGGAGGUGUGGAUUCUUGUGCUAAAACAGACAUAUGCCCAGAAAAUUCUGAACAAAUAGCCAGUUUUCCUGGUGGAGAUUUUACAAAGCAAGUUUUGAAAACAAAUGAAACCGAGCAGACAGUAACACAAAUAUUGGCGGAAUUAAGGUCAUCUACAUUUACAGAAGCAGCAAAUCAAAAGACUUACUCAGAAAGUCCCUAUGAUACAGACUGCACCAAGAAACUUAUUUCAAAAAUCAAAAAUGUUUCAGCAUCAGAGGAUUUGUUGGAAGAAAUAGAAUCUGAGCUCUUAUCUACAGAGUUUGCAGAACACCGAGUACCAAAUGGAAUGAAUAAGGGAGAACGUGCAUUAGUUAUGUUUGAAAAGUGUGUGCAAGAGAAGUCUUUACAGCAGGAACACACCAUAAAGAAGUUAAUUAAAGAAAAUAAGAAGCAUCAGGAGCUCAUCUUAGACAUUUGUUCAGAAAAAGACAAUUUAAGAGAAGAACUAAAAAAAAGAACAGAAACAGAGAAGCAGCAUAUGAGCACAAUUAAGCAGUUAGAAUCAAGAAUAGAGGAACUUAGUAAAGAAGUUAAAACUUCCAAAGAAAAACUAGUAGCUCAAGACAUUGCAGCUAAAAAUGCAGUUCAGCAGUUGCAUAAAGAGAUGGCCCAUCGAAUGGAACAGGCCAACAAAAAAUGUGAAGAGGCACGCCAGGAAAAAGAAGCAAUGGUAAUGAAGUAUGUAAGAGGUGAGAAGGAAUCUUUAGACCUUCGAAAGGAAAAAGAGAUACUUGAAAGGAAACUCAGAGAUGCGAAUAAAGAGUCUGAGAAAAACACUAACAAAAUUAAGCAGCUUUCUCAGGAGAAAGGACGGUUGCACCAGCUAUAUGAGACCAAGGAAAGUGAAACUACUAGACUCACCAGAGAAAUUGACAAACUAAAGGAAGAUAUCAAUUCUCAUGUCAUUAAAGUAAAAUGGGCACAAAACAAAUUAAAAGCAGAAAUGGAUUCACACAAGGAAACCAAAGAUAAACUCAAAGAAACAACAACAAAGCUAACUCAAGCAAAAGAAGAAGCUGAUCAGAUACGGAAAAACUGUCAGGACAUGAUAAAAACAUAUCAGGAGUCAGAAGAAAUUAAAUCAAAUGAGCUCGAUGCCAAGCUUAGAGUCACAAAAGGAGAACUGGAGAAACAAAUGCAAGAAAAGUCUGACCAGCUAGAGAUGCAUCAUGCCAAAAUAAAAGAACUGGAAGAUCUGAAGAGGACAUUUAAGGAGGGCAUGGAUGAACUUCGAACACUGAGAACAAAGGUGAAAUGUCUAGAAGAUGAACGAUUAAGAACAGAAGAUGAGUUAUCAAAAUAUAAGGAAAUUAUUAAUCGACAAAAAGCUGAAAUUCAGAAUUUAUUGGACAAAGUAAAAAUUGUGGAUCAGAUACAGGAGCAGCAUCAAAGAGGUAAACAAGAAAUUGAAAAUUUGAAAGAAGAAGUGGAAAGUCUUAAUUCUUUGAUUAAUGACCUACAAAAAGACAUCGAAGGCAGUAGGAAAAGAGAAUCUGAGUUACUACUAUUUACAGAAAAGCUCACUAGUAAGAAUGCACAACUCCAAUCUGAAUCAAAUUCUUUGCAGUCACAAUUUGAUAAGCUUUCCUGUAGUGAAAGUCAGUUACAAAGCCAGUGUGAACAAAUGAAACAGACAAAUACUAAUCUGGAAAGUAGAUUGUUGAAAGAGGAAGAACUGCGAAAAGAGGAGGUCCAGACCCUGCAGGCAGAACUCACUUGUAGACAAACAGAAGUUAAAGCAUUGAGUACCCAGGUUGAAGAACUAAAAGAUGAAUUAGUGACUCAAAGACGUAAACAUGCCUCCAGUGUCAAAGAUCUUACCAAACAACUCCAGCAAGCACGAAGAAAAUUAGAUCAGAUUGAGAAUGGAAGCUAUGAUAAAGAAGUUAGCAGCAUGGGGAGUCGUUCUAGUUCAUCAGGGUCCCUCAAUGCUCGAAGUGGUACAGAAGAUCGAUCUCCAGAAAAUACUGGCUCAUCGGUAGCUGUGGAUAACUUUCCAGAAGUGGACAAGGCCAUGUUGAUUGAGAGGAUAGUAAGGCUGCAGAAAGCACAUGCCCGGAAAAAUGAAAAGAUAGAAUUUAUGGAGGAUCAUAUCAAACAAUUGGUGGAAGAAAUUAGGAAAAAAACGAAAAUAAUUCAGAGUUACAUUUUACGGGAAGAAUCAGGCACACUUUCUUCAGAGGCAUCUGAUUUUAACAAAGUCCAUUUAAGUAGACGGGGUGGCAUUAUGGCAUCUUUAUAUACAUCCCAUCCAGCUGAUAGUGGAUUAACAUUGGACCUCUCUUUGGAGAUCAACAGAAAAUUACAAGCUGUUUUGGAGGAUACAUUACUAAAAAACAUUACUUUGAAGGAAAAUCUGCAGACACUUGGAACAGAAAUAGAACGUCUCAUUAAACACCAGCAUGAACUAGAACAGAGGUCGAAGAAAACCUAACACAGAGCUCUUGGUCAUUAAACAGACAAAAGCCACACAAAAGGAGCAGGUGCCACAUGCCCAGUAUUGGAAACUUCUCCCUGCUUUGUGUGUCAGCCAGUAAAAAAUUGUUUUCCUUCAUCUGUAUAAAAAAGUAUCCUUUUACAACACAAAUGCAUUGCUGUGUAUACUGUAAGAGUAUAAACUUUGAUGAAAUUUGUUUUUGUAUAGUGACAACCUGUCACUGAAUCAGAACAACUGAAAUUGCUAAUAGUCCUUUGAAGUGCUGAACAUUACUACAAGGGCUUUUCAAAAUCCCUUUUCCAUAUUUUUCCUUCUAAAAUAUAUAAUGUCAAAAAUGAUUCAGCUUUUUAAAAUUACGCAUGAAAGGACAUGUGUUAAUCAUUCAGUAAUAUGCUAUUUCUCCAACAGGAAGAAAACUAAAGUGAGGAAAAUUUUAUUUGACAUUCAGAAUAACAUUUGGUUGCAUUUUAGGGAUGCCAAAUGAGUCCUCAAAUCUUUUAAUUUUAAUGGAAGCUAAUAGAAAAGUCAGCUCUUGGUAGCUCGCAGUGGUCAGAUAUUGCAUGCCUCUGUCAGGUUUCCUUAUCUGUGUUAGUUACAUUUUUUCAGAUUCAAACUGUUUGAGUUAAUAGUUGAGUUUUUAAAAUUUUUAGUUACAUAAAAUAUGAUUUUAAAUAACAUGUUUAUUUAGAAGAUGUGGAAUUCAGUUGUAUUUAAAAAUGUAAAAUAGAUUAGUCAUUAGAGAGGCAAAUAAUUCUUUGAAACUGAAAUGCUUUCGUUUUACUGACAUCAACUGUAAAGAUAAAUGUUUAAGAUAUUUAUGAAGAAGCAAUUCCCAAGAGAAUCCAGCAUAUGGCUCUGUUAACCAUUUAAUUUGAAUACCAUUCUUUAGCAUUGACAUAAUUAUAUAUUCCAGUGGAGUGAUCUUACAGUCCCCAAAUGUGAUGUGUUUCAGUAUAUUUAUUUAAAAUACAAAAUAAUUACAUCUCUAUAACCAAAGGAAUCUUAGAACCAAAUUAAUGUAUCCUGUUGGAUUUUUACAAUAUUUAUCUAAGAUGUGCACUUAAAUGUUGCCAUAGUAUCAGUAUUUCCACAUCGUUGAAUUUUGUUCCUUCCUCUUGUAAUUUUUCACUUAUCAUUUCUGUGUGUGGUUUUUCAUAUUUCAUUAUAUUCAGAUCAUUUCUCUAAUAGAAUACCUUGGCCGAUAUGCAGAUGUUGUCACAAGCGUCAUUUUUGUUUUGGAUUUUUGCAUCCUUUUUUCUUCCCUUCAGAGAAGUAAGCUUUGGGAUGAUGAAUUAAAAAACUGUAGAGAAUUGUAUGGCUCUAAAAGCUGGGCUCAUGGUGGCAAUGUCCCAGUAAUGUGUUCUAACAUUUUUUUUAAUCAGCAUUCUUUAAAAAGAUAAUCUACUAAUUUUUUCCUGAGGAUUCAAUGUAGCAUCUUAUUUUUUCUGUAUAUCGAGUUAUGUCUUGCCAUCCAAAACCAAAAUCUUUUAAAAAUGGAAAUAUAAGUUCAAAAAACUCUUUUUAAAUAACUUUAACAAGUGUUAGUCUUAUCAUAAUGUGUGGUGUUCUUUUUACCAAUAACAAUUUAUCAAAAUAAAGUAAGAGGGUAAGUGCAAUCAAAUCUGGAUUACUUUCCCAUUUUCUAGACAUACUAUUGAUCAUCCUAAAGACUACUUAGAGUAGCCAGCAUAACUAAAUUUCAUGGCUACUUCUGUGAUGGAGAUUUGUACACUACAAUAUUUGUUUUUUCCUCCAACACACAAAAUAUAUGAAUGGAGACCAAAUAAUGAUCAGAUCUGUAGUGUCCUAUGUUUGUUUAUACACUUUAAAAAAUAUGUACAUUUACUAUAUACAAAAGUGAAACAUUCCAAUAUUAACAUUUGUGCAACCAUUCAUUUGGAGUAGUCAAAUGGUGAUGCAACUUUAUAGGAAAGCUAUUAUAAAUAUAUUCUGACACUGCUACUCCCUCCCCCCAUAAAUGUCAGAAACUAUGGAAAAUUUUUGAAGAAAAUGCUCUAUUUCCCUUUGUCCUUCAGUUUCUACUGUAUCUUUUUGUGUAUGGAUUAGAACCAAGCAAAGUAACAUACAAAGAUGUGCAUAUAUCAGAUCUUUAUACUUAUUCACAAAAAGCUCCUAAUGUAAGGAUUUAGAGAGUCUUCUCCUCUUAAUGUAUUGAAUAUAUAGAGAGAAGAAUGGAGUGUCUGGAAAAGGAAAAAUGGUCCGGAUAAACCUGAGAUUUGGGGGAAAAUUUGUUCUGAGUUGUACACAUCGAAGGCUGUUUUGUUUAGUUACACUAUUUUGGUUUCUUUGAGCAGGAAAUUACUUUUGUGUGUGUGUGUAUCUGUAUAUGCUUUUCUAGGUUUUAAUUUUGAAGUGAAUUCUUCCUGUGACUCCCUUUUUCCCCAUACCUUUUCAAACUCUAGCCUGUUAAGUGGUAAGGAUUGAAAAUAGUGAAUUUGAGUGAAGCAAUGGAUUUGAACUUUGGUGUGUUUUUUUUAACUUUCUAUCUUCAUUUAAAGUGAUUUAUAUUGAAUUCAGUUUUAUCAGGCUACCAGCAUUUUAUUUAUUCACUUAAAAAAACACAUGUAUUGAAAACCUGCUAUUGCCAGGCAGCAUCCAGAGUAUUGGGAUCUUUUGGGGGAUCAGAUCAGACAGAGUGUUUGCUGUCCUCAUGGAGCUAGUGACAGUGGUGGGGAGGCAGUGGGAACAGCCCUUUGAGCCUCUGCAGCCUUACAGCCAGACUCUGUAAGAAAAAGGUUAAUCCAUUUGUGCAAAUAGUGGCCCAGAAAUCUCACUGUGGCAUGCAACUUUGGGAAAUGAAUCCUUGCUCUGGGGUGUGCUGAGAGCAGAUGACUGUUUUCAUGGUCUACAAAUUCAUUCCCUACCUGUCACAGUUUGAGGUUUAAUUAUUCUUUAAGAAAAAAGGGGGAAAAAAUCCAAAGACCAUAAAAAGGUAUUUGAUUUUUGCCAUUUUAGUAAAUUGUUAAUGCCUACUUGAUGCUCAUAAAGCUAAAUCUAAUCAUGUUUUCGUGUGUGUUCCUAAACUUUGUUUUACCAGUAUAUUAUUUUCUAAAGAUUUUUUUCAUAUAAAGGUAGACCAAGAUUUACUGGUAGAAAAAAUCCAAAAUGUUAAAAACUAUUAGUAUUGUAAAUGUUAUAUAUGCUACUGUGGUGAAAAGAUUUUUAUCAAUCAUGUUGCUACUCAGUAUGGUUAGUUUGCCUUAUGAAUGUUGACUCUAGUAGUCUUGUUUUUCAAUAUCCUUUUUUUUUUUUAACAAAACAAUCUUUUUUUGACACUAAGAUUGUUAAUUUUUAACGCCAGUUGGUGGCACUAGAAACCUGAAAUUAUUCAAGGCUCUGAACAAGAGAAAAUAAUUGAAUCCAAAUACGAAGAAUUUUCAGGAAAAUAAAUGAAAAAUAUAAUUGUAUAUUAAAGAUGUAUUUUCUGGGAUGGAAUCCUUUUUUAAAAUGCAUAUGGCUGUCCAUUUUGACUACAAUGAUGAAACUUGUUUAUCUUCCAGAAGUUCAUAUAUAUAUAUAUAUAUAUAUAUAUAUAUAUAUAAAUAUAUAUAUAUAUAUAUGUGUGUGUGUGUGCAUUGUACAGAUAAUCUUUAAUUUGAUUACACUGUUCAUUUUGUAAAUGUUUCUGUAUAAAAUGAAGCUUUUCAAGAAAACUCUAUGUAUAUAUUGUACUUAUUAAAUAGGUAAUGCUUGUUUACCAAGUUGUAUUUUAA